GUUUCCCUCUCACUUCCAAGGAGGAAGAGGACGACGACAGCAGUCCUGGCGUGUCCUUCUCACUCUCUUCAGAGGAGUCGGAGAUGGAGCCCGAAGAAGAACGGAUCCGUUACAGCCAAAGACUGCGUGGCACGAUGAGGCGACGUUACGAGGACGAUGGCAUCUCCGACGAUGAGAUUGAAGGGAAGAGGACGUUUGACCUUGAGGAAAAGCUGUCCACCAACAAAUUCAACUCCACUUUUGUGGUCUUCAUGGAAGGCAAAGACUUCACAGUUGAGUACAUCCAGCGAGGUGGCCUGAGGGACCCACUCAUCUUCAGGAACUCGGAUGGCCUGGGGAUAAAGAUGCCGGAUCCAGACUUCAGCGUGAACGAUGUGCGGCUGUGUGUGGGGAGCCGACGGAUGGUGGAUGUGAUGGAUGUGAACACGCAGCGGGACAUUGAGAUGUCCAUGGCGCAGUGGGCGCGCUACUACGAAACACCGGAGGAGGAGCGGGAGAAACUCUACAACGUCAUCAGCCUGGAGUUCAGCCACACCAAACUGGAGAAUCUGGUGCAGAGACCUGCUACGGUGGAUUUGAUUGACUGGGUUGAUAACAUGUGGCCCAGGCACCUGAAGGAAAGUCAGACAGAGUCUACCAAUGCCAUCCUGGAGAUGCAGUAUCCAAAAGUGCAGAAAUACUGUUUGAUGAGCGUCAAGGGCUGCUACACAGAUUUCCACGUGGACUUUGGUGGCACUUCUGUGUGGUACCACAUCCACCGAGGGGGAAAGAUCUUCUGGCUGAUCCCUCCCACACCCCAGAACCUGGAGCUCUAUGAAAACUGGCUUCUCUCAGGGAAGCAGGGAGACAUCUUCCUUGGGGACAGAGUGUCAGAGUGCCAGCGCAUCGAGCUCAAGCAGGGCUACACAUUUGUCAUCCCCUCAGGUUGGAUCCAUGCUGUGUACACUCCCAUGGACACGCUGGUUUUUGGGGGCAACUUCUUACACAGCUUCAACAUCCCUAUGCAGCUUCGGAUCUACAGCAUUGAGGAUCGCACACGGGUCCCAAAUAAAUUUCGUUAUCCCUUCUAUUACGAGAUGUGUUGGUACGUGCUGGAGCGCUACGUGUACUGCAUCACCAGCCGCUCCCACCUGACCAAGGACUUCCAGAAGGAAUCCCUGAGCAUGGAUAUGGAGCUGAGCUCCUCAGACUCGGUGAACAUGGAAGAGGAGGAGGAAGAGGAGGAUGAUGAGGAUGCAGCAGGGAAGGAAUCCCGGCGCCCCAUGACCAGGAGGUCCAUUCUCACUAGCCCCAUCGCCAAUGGUGCCAAUGUGGACUAUGACGAACUGAGCAAGAGCUGCCGGAGCAGCCUGCCAGGUCUCAAGAAGACCCCAUCUAUAGACUCUUCUGACUCCAGCCGGGGCUCCCAAAAUGGCCAGGUGUGGGACCCAAGUGGGGGCAGCCCCCGCAAGAGCAGGAAGGUGCACCUGACCCAGUUUGAGCUGGAGGGGCUGCGCUGCCUCGUGGACAAGCUGGAGUCGCUCCCUCUGCACAAGAAGUGUGUUCCUACCGGCAUCGAGGAUGAGGACGCCCUCAUCGCUGACGUCAAGCUGCUGUUGGAAGAAUACGCAAACAGCGACCCCAAACUGGCACUUACAGGCGUCCCCAUCGUCCAGUGGCCCAAGAGAGAUAAGCUAAAGCUCCAGGCCCGGCUGCGGGUGCGCCUGCCCACCAUCCCCAUCACCAAGCCGCACACCAUGAAGCCAGCACCACGCCCGACUCCCGUCAGGUCUACAGUGUCUCCCAUCGUGUCGGGCGCCCGGCGGAGGCGGGUGCGGUGCCGGAAAUGCAAGGCCUGCAUGCAAGGCGAGUGUGGCAUGUGCCACUACUGCAGGGACAUGAAGAAGUUUGGCGGGCCUGGCCGCAUGAAGCAGUCCUGUGUCCUCCGGCAGUGCUUGGCGCCCAGGCUGCCUCACUCGGUCACGUGUGCACUUUGUGGGGAGGUGGAUCAGAAUGAGGAUUCGCAGGACUUUGAGAAGAAGCUCAUGGAGUGCUGUAUCUGCAAUGAGAUCGUUCACCCUGGCUGUCUGCAGAUGGAUGGGGAAGGGCUGCUCAAUGACGAGCUCCCCAACUGCUGGGAGUGCCCCAAGUGCUACCAGGGUGACGAUGCAGAGAAGGGCCAGAAGCGUAAGGUGGAGGAGAGUGACGAUGAUACGGCGCAAGCCAAGGUGCUGCGGCCCCUGCGGAGCUGCGAGGAGCCCCUGACCCCCCCGCCCAACUCGCCCACCCCAAUGCUGCAGCUGAUCCACGACCCCGCGUCCCCCCGCGGGGUGGUGACACGCUCGUCCCCGGGGGCCGGGGGGCAGUGA